ACACACAUACAGUACAGUAUAGUAACUGCAGCUAAAUAUAUAUAUACAUUUUGUGUGUGUGUCUAUGUAUUGUUACUGUACUGUAUUAGAACCAUAACAGUUCCUAAUAAAAAUCAUAAUAAUAUAAAACUACCAUACUAAAUUUAUCGUCAAAAUUGACCUAGACUAUUAUUGUCCAUAUUAAAAUCAUCUAGUUGUCAUUAUAUAUUGUGUGUCAUCAAUGUCAAUUUAAUCAUUCAACCAUCAUCAUCAUCAUCAAUGCAAAGGCAUUCAAGUGUACGGCCAUUACUAGUGACCAACAAUACUAACCGCAACGGAGGAGGCGGCGGCGGCGGCGGUAGUAAUAGUCGUCAUUUUCGACAGUACUUUACAAAUACAUCGACGGCGGCAACGGUAGCCGUCCGGAGGACAUCACAACAAGAGGAGUCUCCAUACUCUAAGCCAUACCAUAGUUAUAGGAGGAUUGCACUGAUGUCGUCGACCAAAGGCAGCGGCACACGAGUGGCCAGUAAUACAACGGUGGUUGACAGCCAAUCGGACGGCGGCGGCUCUAUAGUAGUACCGCAUUCGAUUGAGACCCGACGGACGUCGGGCAGCCAAUCGUCGUCGUUGCGAUCGUCGCCGACAAAGAGGACAUCCGAACGGCGCCUGUCGUCCAAUGGCGAGGCAUCGAGAAGAUCAUUGACCGCUAAUAGUAGUGACAUUGAGGUCAUUACGGCCGGCGGCGAGACAAUUGCCGAAACUUCGGCCAACGAUAGCACGAAUGAAAGGUCGGCUAAAGUUAGUGCCCGAAAAACGUUUACGCGGGCAACGGUCGGAGCGUCGCCGGCGGUCAGCGAACAGCACGAAAAGCAGCGAUCGUUUUUGAAUACAGUUCGGGCCAAUACACGCGGUGCUGGCGGCGGCGGCGGUACGUCUUUAACACCGUCUAAUAGUUCACUGACUAGAGGUGGAGGAGGAGGAUCGGCAACGACAGGCGGACAGUCGUCAAAGAGGUCGACCCUAAAUGAAUCAAUAGGUGAUAGAACAGGAGACGAAUCAUCUACUCAUUCGACGGCCACAACAACAACACCGGGAACGCCAAACAAACGCCGACGGCGUCACUAUAAGGGCGGUACGUAUGGACUGUAUUUGUCGAAGAAGAGACGAAAACUGAAGGAACAGUCGGCGGCAGCGGCGGCGACAAAAAAGUCGACGACCGACAAGAGCGACACAACUUCGCAGAAGUCGAUGAAUCUGAUGAAUGCUGACGGAGAAGAAAGUUCGCAAUCGUUUGCCGUUAAUUCCGAAUCGGACGGCGAACUCGAUGGCCAGUCAUCGGAUGUGUCGCAUCUCGACGAACAUCAUCAACAGCAACAUAAAGUAGACACAGCAGAUGUCCACAACAAGACACCACCGACGCUGAACACCGUUCCCAUCGCCACAACCACUGUUGCCAUCACCACUACCGCUCCCAUUGUUGUCACGGAAGGCCCCAAACGUAGAGGACGACGCCCGAAGAUAAUGGCCGCCGCCGCCAAUGUGGUCGCCAAUGCGGUGCAGUCGCCUAAUAAAAAUGGUUUGACUAACGAUAAGACAACCAUCCCUGAGACCGGUGGCGGUCCAUCUAAUGGCGAUCCGAUUAAUACUAAUAAUAAUAAUAAUGGCGACAAACAAGUGUUUCAAUUGGUUAGCAAUAAUGUCAAUCCCACUGUCGUUCAGAGUAACACACGAAAGACUUUGCUGAAGAUAUCGACAACCGGUACUGUAGUGUCCAACGAUACUAUCACUGCCAACGGCGGAGGCGGCGGCGGCGGAACACAGAUGGGCGCCGAACAGUCAAAGUUUGUGAUUGUGAGUGACAAAUCCAUGGCUCAGACAUCGGUGUGUAUGUGUUCGGCCAAACCAUUGAUAGACAGUUCACAAAAGGAUAUAUCGAAAGGAAAGCCACUGUUUUGUCAGGCGAUCGACUGUUUUGAUGAAAAGUUAAUCGGCUGCUGUAAUCAGGUUCGGCUGACAUCACUAUUUCGGUCAUCGAAACGGGUUCCCUAUAGGAUCUUCUGCGAAGUUCAUUUGGCACGACUCAGACGCCAUCACUGUUGUCCCGGCUGUGGACUGUUCUGCACUCAGGGCGAGUUCAACGAAUGUUUCAGUAUUAAGAAACAGAUCCACUUGUUUCACAGCAAAUGUCAGAUCGAUCGGCCCCAGGAUCCGAAAAGCCAACACUGUUUGCACUGCGAUAUGUUGUCCCAAACCCGGACCGUACGGCUCGAGAUGAACGGACCGCUAACUAAUAAUACCUAUUAUCUUCAGCAGACAUCUAUACUGAAGACACCUAAGGCCCGUAUAGGUGUAACUAAAAGGAAAGGCCGUCAUAAGGCUCAGCCGUUAUCCGAUGACAAACUACUUGAAGCCGGUAUUGAGUACACAAUUCCGGCCACUAAUAAAAUACUAUCUUUAGCUGGACUGCCAUUUGGUCCGCAACGUAAACAACUGGAAGAGCUAUUGUCGGCCCUGUCGGGCGACAAACAGUCUAUACGGUUGACAAUACAGCACAAUAAAAACUUUUACGCCGUCGCCAAAAGCGGCGAAGUGGACAAAGUGCUCAGCAUAUUAGCUCAAGGAUUUGAUCCGAACUUUGCAUUCGAAGACAACGACAACGAGACACCGUUACACGCGGCGGCCAAAUGCGGACACCUGCUAAUUGUCCACCUGUUGAUACAGUCGGGCGCCAACCCGAACGUACUCAACAAAAAUAUGAUUACACCGUUGAUGCAAUCGAUUGAACACAAACACAACGUUGUUAUCAAAUAUCUGAUCAAUUCGGGCGCAUCGUUGGACAUUCGCGGCGAAGACGGUAUGACAUCGUUGCAUAUUUCGGCCAAAUGCGGUAACAUCGAAGCCGUACACUAUAUACUGGAUUCGGGAAAGAUGAACGUGAAUUUGCAGGACGACGGCGGUUGGUCACCGUUAGUCUGGGCCACUGAACACAAGUACUACAAUAUUGUCAAACUGUUGGUCAAUAAAGGAGCCGAUCCUAACAUUGAAGACGACGAGGAAAAUGUUGGCCUACAUUGGGCCGCCUUUUCCGGCGAAACCAAUAUAGCGCUACUGUUUCUCGAUAUGGGCGCCCAUGUUAUCAAUCAGACCAACAUUCACGGCGACACACCCUUGCAUAUUGCUGCCCGCCGUGACAAUUAUGAAUGCGUUGUACUUCUACUGUCAAGAGGGGCCGACAUCACGAUUAUGAAUAAAAACACUGAAUCUCCUCUUCAAUGCGCACCUAAUAAUAGCGAGUCAGAGAUGGCCCUAAAAGUUAAUCAAGAAUUGAAACGCUUCUCCGUCAGGCGUCAGAUGAACAGCGAAAAACUGUUGCACAGAGAUCUGUCAAAAGGCAAAGAGUAUUAUCAGAUACAAGUGGUUAAUGGUGUCGACAACGAGCCCUAUCCGAUUGAUUUUAUGUAUGUUACGGAAAAUUGUGAGGCUUCUCAUAUUAACAUCGAUCGCACCAUUACCUCACUUCAGAGCUGUCAGUGCGAGGAUGACUGUACGUCACAAAAGUGUGUGUGCGGUGCCAUCAGUUUCAAGUGCUGGUACGACAAAGAGGGCAAACUAUUGCCAGAGUUUAAUCUGAUGGACGCACCCAUGAUAUUCGAGUGCAACCGUGCGUGCAGUUGCUGGAAAACCUGCAACAAUAGGGUCGUCCAAUAUGGUGUCCGUUGUCGAUUGCAAGUAUUUCGUACUAAAAGUAAGGGAUGGGGUGUCCGGGCUCUCAGGGAUAUACCUAAAGGAACGUUUGUUUGCGAAUAUGUCGGCGAAAUUAUUAGCGACUCGGAGGCCGACCGGCGUGAAGAUGACUCGUAUUUGUUUGAUUUGGAUAACAAAGACGGGGAGACCUACUGUCUGGACGCCCGCUUCUACGGCAAUAUCUGUCGCUUUAUUAAUCAUUCGUGUAAUUCAAAUCUGACUCCGGUUAAGGUGUUUGUCGACCAUCAGGAUCUGUCGUUUCCGAGAAUCGCAUUAUUUAGUUCACGAGAUAUUAAGGCUUACGAAGAGCUAAGCUUUGAUUACGGAGAAAAAUUUUGGGUCAUUAAGUAUAAGGCGUUUACGUGCGGUUGCGGCGAAACCGACUGCAAGUAUAAUAAGGAUACCAUUCAUACGACUAUUGAAAACUAUUAUAAACGACUUCGCGAGGAACAGCUGUCGAUGUCAGCGGCAGUGGUGACCACUACCAAUGCUACGGUACCCGUGCUUACGGAAAGCCGUUUUAAUAAUAAUAAUACUACUACUAAUAAUAAUAAUCAUAAUCAUAACCAAUAAUUAUUAUUAU